UGCUUUGGCACACUUCAACAUGUAACUGUAUCCAACAGACCAUUAAUCUCUCCCUCUCUCUCCCAUUACUCGAUAUAAAAACUAGGAACUAAAGAAACAGAGAGAGAGAGAGAGAGAGAGAGAGAGAGAGAGAGAGAGAGUGGGGUUUCUGCUACCAUUGCUCUGUUUCUUCUCCAAAAACCUCUCUUAUCUUUCUCUCAUUAUCCUCAGAUGACUUUCUGGGUUGCUCAUUCCAUUGUCUUUGUGCUGCUAGUUUUUCUUUCAAAUAAACAAAACUUGAGAGUAUUUGCUUGUGAUUUAUUCCAAGGGAAUUGGGUGGCUCAGGAACCCUCAUACCCUCUCUACGAUCCCACCACCUGUCCUUUCAUUGAGCGAGAGUUCAAUUGCCAGAAAAAUGGGCGCCCUGAUCUAUCCUAUCUCAGAUACAGUUGGCACCCCCAUGGCUGCAACCUAGCAAGGUUUGAUGGAGGAGACUUCUUGAAGAGAUUUAAAGGGAAAACUAUAAUGUUUGUAGGAGAUUCUCUAAGCAGAAACCAGUGGCAAUCACUAACUUGCUUGCUCUCUGCUGCAGUGCCCAGUGCCAAAUACACUGUAGAGAGACUAGAUGAUGUCUCUACGUUCACAUUCUCGGAUUUUGGAGUUAAAGUGAUGCUUGAUCGCAAUGUGUUUUUAGUAGAUGUCGUGAUGGAAAAAAUUGGUAGGGUCCUGAAACUGGACUCGAUUCAGAGUGGCAAGCAUUGGAAAGGCAUUGACAUGCUCAUCUUCAAUACAUGGCAUUGGUGGAACCGUAGAGGACCUUCACAACCAUGGGAUUACAUACAAGUAGGAAAUCAAACCUACAAAGACAUGGAUCGAAUGGCUGCUUUUCAGAAGGCACUCACUACAUGGGCCGGUUGGGUGAACUCAAAUAUUGACCCGGCCCGAACCAUGGUUUUCUUCCAAGGGAUUUCUCCAUCUCAUUACAAUGGCACAGAUUGGAACGAACCACAGAAGAAGAGCUGCUUGGGCCAGCAGCAACCCUUGCUGGGCUCAACAUAUCCAGGAGGCCUGCCGCCGGCUGUGGCUGUGCUGAAGGGGGUGUUAAGCAAGAUCAAGAAGCCCGUCACUUUGCUCGAUAUAACGAACCUCUCGCUACUUCGAAAAGACGGGCAUCCGUCCAUAUACGGGCUUGGGGGCCGUACAGGCAUGGAUUGCAGCCAUUGGUGUCUUUCCGGAGUUCCUGAUACUUGGAACCAGAUUCUAUACAACAUUGUCCUAAAUCAUUAAGCAAUGCACUGGGUAAUCGUAUAGAAGAAAUAGCUUUAGCAAUUCUUUUCCAAACAGUGGAAUUUUUGGUGGGUGGCAUUCGUUGAAUAAGUUUUAUUUUGUUUAUUUCAUUUGGUUUUAUUCGUACCUGGGUUACUUGAUUAAGUGGCAUUUUCAAUAAAGUUCGACUGGAAUAUUUGUUUAA